UGAAAUUAAGCUAUGAUAAAUUACCCUCGCAUUUGAAACUUUGUUUUUCUUAUUGCUCUUUAUUCCCAAAGGAUUGGGUCAUUCAGAAGGAAAUUCUAGUUCGGUUGUGGAUAGCUGAGGGUUUCAUUUAUCCAUCUCAUGGUGGGAGUCGAAUAUCGCUCGAAGAUGCUGGCGAUGAUUAUUUCCAUAGUUUGCUGGCCAAUUCAUUUUUCCAAGAUGUGGCAAAGAAUGAGUUGGGCGACAUCGAAACAUGCAAGAUGCAUGAUUUGGUGCAUGAUCUUGCGGAGAGUGUCAAUGGUGUUCACGGUAUCAAGACUGUGAAUUCCAGCGAAAUGGAAUCUAUUUCUGAAUUUCGUCGUUUGCAUUUAGUUUUAGAUAAAAAAAAAUUCAGUAACAUUUUCAAAAGAACUCUUGGAAAGAAUAAAAAGAUUGAGGUCCGUUUUUUCACUUGAAAAUGAUCAUUUGGGUAAUUAUCUAGUGCAUGCAGAGAAUCUAAGAGUAAAUUGUCUGCUUGAUCGGCAUGAUUUAGACAUUCCUGAGAUAUUUAAGCAUAAGCAUUUGAGGUAUCUUGACCUGUCUUAUUGUUGGUUUGAUUUAAGACAUGAUGUAUCCAUUCAUCAACUUACAAUUUACAGACAUUAGUGCUUCGUAAAUGCGUAAAUGUUAGAAUGAUUCUUCUAGGCAUUGGGUCUCUGAAGAUGUCAAGGCACCUAGAUCUCUCGUGGUCGGAUGUUGAAAUGCUACCUGAUUCUGUCGUUCAACUUACUAAUCUGCAGACGUUAGAUCUAUAUCGGGGCUAUAGAUUAAUAGCCUUACCUCUAGAUAUUGGGUCGUUAAAAGAUCUUAGAGAGUUGAAACUCAAAUAUUGUGAAAGUUUAAAAGUGUUACCUAGAGAAGUUGGAAGCUUGAGAAGAUUAAGGUGCCUAGAUUUAUCUAAUACUAAGAUUGAAGUCUUACCUGAGUCAUGCAUCGACAACCUUAGCAACUUGGAGUUAAUCCAUUUCGGAAACUGUAAGCUUCCCAAAGAAAUCAAAAAUUUGCCAAAACUGAGAAUUUUCAAACAUUGGAGAAAGAAUAAGGAAGAUGAAAUGCCUAGAGGUAUAGAAACUUUAACUUGCCUUGAAGUGUUAGAAUCUUAUUUGGUGAAGAACUGCAGGGAAACCAUCUCUUGUAAUAGUGGUACUGAUAGUGACGGGAUUAUAGAGUUAGCCAAUCUAAAUUCUUUACAAGAGUUAUGGAUUCACAAUCUGGAUUUCGUGAGAGGUGGUACUGAUGCAGCAAGAGCGAAGUUAAAAGAUAAGGUGAACAUUCGUUAUCUGUGUUUAAUAUGGGGUUCCAUUUUCGAGGAUGACGACGAUGUUCAGAAUAUGGUGUUGGAGGGUCUCGAGCCUAACGUUAAUUUAAAAAAGUUGGAAGUAAAUUAUUUUCCGGGUCUGAAGUUUCCGAAAUGGAUGGGUUCAUCCACCUGCCUUCCGACUUUAGUCGAAAUAAUUCUUUGGGGUUGCAUUAGAUGUGAGAAACUACCAGCCCUUGGUCUGCUUCCAUGUCUUAGUGUUCUUGAGAUUUGGAAAAUGAAGUCAGUCAAGUGUUUAGGUGACGAGUUUUAUUACCAGCAAGAAGAAGAAAGAAUCAGGAGUUGCAACAAUAUUCUUGGUGGUACUACUGAAAAUGCUACUACAAUGUCAUUGUUUCCUUCGCUAAUUCAUUUGAAGCUUUCAAUGGAAAAUUUAGAAGAAUGGGUUGCUCCGCCGCUUCCAAUUUAUAUUUCGUUUUCUUCUCUUGAGAAGCUAGAAAUCAAUUGCUUCCCAAAACUGAGAACCACACCAAACUCAUUUCAUUUUCUCAAGGAACUGGAAUUGUACGACACCAAUAGUAAGGCAGUAACCCCAUUCUUUGCUACUGGAGGAUGGCCCUCUGACAUCCGUUGAUAUAUCACAUUCUCCAGAGUUAAUAUAUAUUCCAGUGGGUGUGCUACUCCAAAAUAUCACUCCGAAUCUUCAACAACUAUCCAUCAAAUAUUGCUCUAAUUUUCAAGGUUUUCUUGAAGACGAUGAUCUAAGAAAUUACUACAAUAACAAGGAUGCUGAUCACGAAGAUGAUUUCGGAUCAACACAAUCUUUUUCAUGUUCUAAAAUCAACUCCAACUUGAAGAAUAUCAGAAAUUCUCUCCGCUCAUUAAGUUUGGAUGGUUGUCCUGUUUUAACGUUACUCCCGGAUUUACGAUCGUUCACUUCUCUACAGAAAUUAAUUAUAUGGAAGUGCGAAAAAUCGAAAGAAUCGAUACCUUACAAUCUCAAGAAAUCUCUUGUCUUUCUUGACUAUCUGAGAGUUGAUUUUCAAAUGGAAGACAUCUAGGGAUCCAGCUAGCCGAUGAAUAAAAGUUAUUUCACUUGAUGGUGCAUGAAUCAGGAGAAGAAGUAGAUCUGUUCGCUGCAAAUUUAUCUAGAAGAAUGCGGGUGAUAAUGGUGUAAAUAUGAAGAACCAGAACCAAGACGUCGAUUCAGAAUUUUAUCACCUACUGUUGAUACAUCUGAGAGCAGCUGACGACAACUUGAGUUCUGCCACAUUUAGUCCUUUUAUUAUGGAUGAUGCUUUUGUAGUAUUCUCGACUUCUUAUGCCUUUGCAAAUGAUUGGUGGUGGUUGUUCAUGGCGCCAACCUGGUUGGGAUGGCAGACACCAUAUAUAUACAUAUAAGUGAU